CAUUGAUAACGGGCCUGGAUGGGAGGUUGCCACUGCACGGUGGUCGCAAAUCGACGCAACUUCCCGGUCGUUCCGUGUAGACUGCAUUCCGUAGGACGCAGGGACGUUGUGGCAAGUGCGCUCUGUGCAUGUAAUACAUUAUGACGUUUCUCAUCGAGCGAAAGUGAAGGAAAUAGACCACUAGGGGCCACUAGGGCACUAACAAGGGGCUAUUUGAAAGAUAUUAGUUCACCGAAGGGAGCCCAACGGAGUCGCAGUGAAGAAACAGGCGCAAGCGGAUAAAUGGCGGACCGGAUAUUGAACAUCGUGGUGGUCGGUGAUGGUGCCGUCGGAAAGACCUGUCUGCUGCACGCGUACACCGAUAAAUCGUUCAAGCAUUUCUACCAACCGACCAUAUAUGAUAAGGAAUCUAUUGAAAUGAUACUCGAUGGGCAGCGGUACACUAUUCAGCUACACGACACGGCCGGCCAGGAGGAGUACGACAAAAUCAGACAACAAUUUUACAAGCGGGCCGAUUGUUUCCUUCUCUGCUACAGCAUCGACAACAGUGUUUCGUACGAAAAUGCGGCCACAAAGUGGGUGCAGGAGAUCAAAACGGAUCCACCCAUCCCGAUCGUGCUGCUUGGCACCAAGUUGGAUACGCGACGUGGUGGAAGCAAGGAGGUAUCGACGUCCGAGGGCGAAAAGCUGAGCCGUGCCAUCAACGCUAACUCGUUCGUCGAGUGUUCGGCCAAAGCGGGCACUAACGUGGAGCUGGCCAUUGAGGAGGGAGUCAGGGCGUGCCUGAUGGGCGUCCCGGAACCGCAACCCGAUGACCGGUGCUGUCCCAUCAACUGCUGCACUCAGUCGUAGCGUUUCUUUCGACGACGACAACGACGAUGACGAUCGACCGAUAAAGACACUCGUAGGACGCCCGUAGGAAGUUUAUUGUUCGGACUACUAAUUUAAUUGAAUUUAUUUCCUAACCUAAACGAGGCUGAAAAGUAUGUACACACAACACUGCGAGGGAAGCGCGUUCGUUGCUUGUUUAUGGUCUUGGCCAAAGUUCACGGAGCUGCCUCGUCGUACACCACAGAACACCACUGAGCCCGCCUUUUCGCUCUCACGGAAGAUAGAAUGUGUCAAAGUCGAUGAAGUGCCAACAUGCUGGCCGCAGAGUAUAAGUAGUAAAACUAAAAGUAUCGUUCGUGAAAAUGCCAAACUUAAUGUCUAAGAAAACCAGCCACACUAAAGACAAAAACUGAAUACCAUUUCUUUUGGCAAACACACUACAACUCUUUCCAAUCAAAACGCAUAAAGGUGUUCUGGAAUAGUAAUAAACUAAUAGGAAAUGCUACGAAAUGAAGUUACGAAAGUCGUUUAUAUUAUUUUAGCGAAAGCAAUAGUAAACAAAAAAAAAAAGAACAAGUAUCUCGUCAACAUGGAGAAAAGUUGUGAAAUAGUAGCAAGCAAGUAGUAAGUAGCAAGCAGUUUAUGUGUUUCCUCUUCAUUUGAUCACAUGGCGACUCGUCUCGGAGAAAGUACUUAAUGCGGCGUACGCAUAUAAAGAAAAGUUCAACAAACAAGAAAAUAUGCGCGGGCCCAAACGAGGGCUGAAUUGAAAUUUAUCGCCAACGAAAUGCAGCGAUGGUCUACGACGUUUCGUUUCAUCUUUCAUUUCCCGCUUCGCUGGAAUUCGUUGUCACAUUUCUACUACGCACACGCUGAGGUAUUUACAAGUAGCGUCGAUUAACUCGCUUCUGCGGCGAUAUUAUCGUUGCAUCACCGUAGAUCGGUGACCCGAGGGAAGUUCCGCUGGUGCUAAAGUCGUGACUUAGAUUGCCUAAACCGAGGGAUAG